UGUGUUUAUGUGUGUGUUUGAGAGAGACAGAGGGGGUAUGAAACAUUGCUGCUCAUCUAAUCUCUCAGAGUGAUGGAGUUUCAUCAUGCUUAGAGGGGAGGAUUUCGCUCCAGCUGUACACGGAAAAUAUAAAGUAUGGGCUCAUUCACCUAGUGCUUUCUUCACAGACGCCUGCAUGAUAAUCCCAAUCUGAGGCCAUUAGUGCGCAGAGAGAGCGGGCAAGUGAGUGGAGGGCAGAGAGAGAGGGAGGGGGGACUGGACAGAGAAGAGCAGCGGAGAGGGAGAAGCUUUUAAAGGAUUUGGCUGUGAUUUCUACAUUCUCCUGCUGCACUUCUCUCAGGUUCUGCCACGAAACCCCGAAGCCUCAAACAGCUGUUUCUUUCAUUCCUCUUACAGAGAACAGGGAUUUAGUAAUGAGAGCAUUAUUCUCACCGUCUUUCAGCCUUUGAUGGUGCUGAAAGACAGUGAGAUGACAGAAAAAUACCUUUUGGUGAAGAGAAAACAACCAGAAUUUUGAUCCAUUCCUGACAUUUCUGGACCAUGUUUGGAGACCUGCCUGCUGGACCUGCUGAGAUGGGUAGGUCGAAGACUGAUCCCUGAAAAAUGGAUAGGUAAGACCUGGACUUUAAUCUUCUCUGUAACAGUUGUGUGAUUUACUAAGUUUCUGUUGUCUCGAGUAAUGUCUGUCAAACUUUAAACGAUUGAUUUGUGCAGAAGACUAGGAUGUGAGACGAUCAUUUUAAAGGAUUUGAAAUCAAACACCGCAUCAGAGUAAAUGUGCAGAGAUUGGAGUAUUUCUUAGAUGUUUGGAAGGUGAAUCGGAAACACAUUUUUUACCCAAGAAUGUGACUUAUAAAGUGCAGAGAAAACGAACCCACUCCAGGCUCUGAAGCAUGAAAUGUGACAGUUUACGUGAUGUUUUCUGUCUUGCAAAAUUUAUGGUGUUUUCCAUCAUCGGCUCUCAGCUCUUCGUGAUAAAAGCCUCCAGCGUUUCUAUCUGAAAACCCCUCUACGCCAGCUCCUUUUGGAACCGUUUUCUCUUCGAUGUUCUAAUUUUAAAUCCCAAAACCAGACAUCGCUUCAUAUUUACUGUUUUUGUGUCAAAAACCAAAUUCAUUCAUUUUAUUGGCACUUUAACACAAGAUAUUUGCCCCCGAAACAAAAAAACAUGAAAAUUAAAUCCAAAUAUUCAGGAGAAUAUUCUGAAUAGAUGCAGAAUUGUUGUCCUCACCCAUCUGUGUUGAGUUUUGUUGCGUGGACAGAUCUAUGGACAUGAUUAUUCCAUUCAUUCAGUUCCACAGUCUCCUGGGUUCUCCGAAGAUGCUCAACCUCUGUGUGGACUGAAGUCUUCAAAAAAAAACUCCUGAGUUUAUUUGACUGAAUUCAAAUGGACCUCUUGAACGUAACCUCUGUUUUUACGAGGAGAUUCUUAUUCAUGAAUAUGAUGUAUUCUCAGAAUCCCAUCUUUCUUGACUAAAGAGAUGAUAUCAGCGCCCCAUGACGACCCACUCAGCCCACUGAGCUGGUCUUUAUUUUAUCACAUCAGUAGGUUUUGCGUAUCUGGAAGUCAUCUGUGUGUCUUUGCAGAAUGCUUUGCUCACCUUUUACUGGAAAACUGCCUCUGUGAACCCCAGCAGCAGAGCGGUGACGACUGGGUGCUGCACAGGGACUGCACAGCUGUUAAAUGUUGCACAUCGAGCUGCCAGAUCUCACAGUGGCCCUUCUGGUUAAUUUACCAGUUUACCCAUUCAACUGUAAUGAGCAUUUAUUUGAUAUUCAGAUGGUUUCCAUGUGAGACUGUGGAUUUGGACACUGCUGCAUUUUUCUCUCACUAUUUUUUUUGCUUCUCAAAAUGAUGUUUUAGCUCUAAUAGAAUAUUGCUGCUUUAGUAACGCCAACGAGACGUAUAUGACUGAACAUUGACGUCUAUAACAGCUACACCCCUUACAUCAUCGGGACUUUUCUAGGGGGAGGGGUUACCUAAUUUUAGCUGAAACCUGAUUUCGACAGCUUAUAUACUUGGGUUUUAUUUUAAAUAUUUAAAUGUAGCUUUAUUUAUUUAUACUGAACCUGAGGGCACACAAGAGUGUAACAAACUAGAAAAUUGGUUUCCCGUGUCCACGAUGUCUGGUUAUGCACAAAAAACAACUCCGUAUACACAAAUUUGACUAUUAAGCGAAGCAUGGUCACACUUAGCUGCUAAUUUUGCGAUGUAUUACUAAUCAGACAUUUUGAAAGCAUCCAAACAAUAACAUGCACGUGAACCGUGAGCAGAACAAGAUUUUGAAGGGUUUUAAAAGGGUGAAGAGCUUUUAUAUCUAAAUCCUCUGGACUGUUAUCAACUGAAUGAGUUUAUGAAACAUUAAGAAUAUAAUCAGGAAUUUCACAGCCUGUCUUUUCUGUCUUCAGGUACCAGCGGUAGAGACGGAGGCUGUCAGUACCUCUGCAGGCCAUCAUGAUGACAUCUUCAUCCCUUCUGUUCCUCUGGCUUAGUUUGUUGCUUAGAUACCAGAUAUGGCUGCAGCUGCUCUGGCUCGGUCCAGCCUCUCAGGCCCAGCAGGGCACCCAGCCUCAGUCCAUCAAAAUCGAGGGUGACAUCACCCUGGGGGGGCUCUUCCCUGUCCAUGCUCGGGGACCUGCUGGGAUUCCCUGUGGAGAGAUCAAGAGAGAAAAGGGAAUCCACCGGCUCGAGGCCCUGCUGUACGCCUUGGACCAGAUUAACAACGACCCCGACCUGCUUCCUAACAUCACUCUGGGAGCUCGAAUACUGGACACCUGCUCCAGAGACACCUACGCUCUGGAGCAGUCCCUCACAUUCGUCCAGGCCCUCAUCCAGAAGGACAACUCUGACGUGCGCUGCUCAAACGGAGAACCCCCCAUCAUCCCCAAACCAGAGCGGGUGGUUGGAGUGAUCGGUGCGUCUGGCAGCUCGGUGUCCAUCAUGGUGGCCAACGUGCUCCGGCUCUUCGCGAUCCCCCAGAUCAGCUACGCCUCCACUGCCCCGGAGCUGAGCGACAACAGCCGCUAUGAGUUCUUCUCCCGUGUGGUUCCCCCUGACUCCUACCAGGCCCAGGCCAUGCUGGACAUAGUCAAAGCCAUGGGCUGGAACUACGUCUCCACGCUGGCCUCCGAAGGCAACUAUGGAGAGAGCGGCGUGGACGCGUUCAUCCAGAUAUCCAGAGAAGCAGGAGGGUUGUGUAUUGCACAGUCCAUCAAGAUCCCCAGGGAACCCAGACCAGGAGAGUUUGACAAAAUUGUUAAGAGACUAAUGGAGACGUCCAACGCUCGAGGGGUCAUCAUCUUCGCCAAUGAGGAUGAUAUCAAACGGGUGUUACAGGCGGCAAAAAGAGCCAACUUGACAGGCCACUUCCUCUUUGUUGGCUCUGACAGCUGGGGGGCCAAAAGCUCCCCCAUUGAAGACCAGGAAGAGGUGGCCGAGGGUGCUGUCACUAUCCUGCCCAAAAGAGCAUCUAUUGAUGGGUUCGAUGAGUACUUCACUUCGAGGUCGCUGGAGAACAACCGAAGGAAUAUCUGGUUCGCCGAGUUCUGGGAGGAUGACUUCAAAUGCAAGCUGACCCGACCUGGCAUAAAAUACGACCCUGAUCGGAGGAAAUGUACAGGUGAAGAAAGAAUCAGUCAGGACUCUCAGUAUGAGCAGGAGGGAAAGGUGCAGUUUGUGAUUGAUGCUGUGUACGCCAUGGCACACGCUUUGCACAGCAUGCAUAUGGACCUCUGUCCAGGAUCCAUGGGUGUGUGUGAGAAGAUGGACCCCGUGGAAGGGCGGAUGCUUCUCCAGUACAUUCGCUCUGUAAACUUCAACGGCAGUGCAGGAACCGCAGUGAUGUUCAACGAGAACGGGGACGCUCCUGGGAGGUACGACAUCUUCCAGUACCAGAUGUCCAACGUUAGCAACCCUGGCUACAGAGUCAUCGGUCAAUGGACAAACCACCUGAGACUCAAUCUGGAGGACAUGCAGUGGUCUGGGGGUGAACAGAAGGUCCCAGACUCGGUCUGUAGUUUCCCAUGUGAGUCUGGAGAGAGGAAGAAGAUGGUGAAGGGCGUUCCUUGCUGCUGGCAUUGUGAGCUCUGUGAUGGCUACCAGUUUGUUCUGGAUGAGUUCACCUGUGACAUGUGCCCCUUUGACAUGAGGCCCUUAAAGAACCGAACAGGUUGUCGACCCACACCUAUCAUCAAACUAGAGUGGAGCUCUCCUUGGGCCAUUAUCCCUGUCUUCCUGGCAAUACUGGGGAUCCUGGCCACAACUGGAGUUAUUUCUACCUUCGUCCGUUUCAACGACACUCCCAUUGUUCGUGCGUCUGGCCGAGAGCUCAGCUAUGUGCUGCUGACGGGCAUCUUCCUCAUCUACCUCAUCACCUUCCUCAUGAUUGCAGAACCAAGUGUGGUAGUGUGCGCCUUCCGCAGGCUGCUGCUUGGGUUGGGCAUGUGCAUCAGCUACUCCGCCAUGCUCACCAAAACCAACCGCAUCUACCGCAUCUUUGAACAGGGCAAGAAGUCAGUCACACCUCCCAAGUUUAUCAGCCCCACCUCUCAGCUGCUCAUCACCUUUAUACUCAUCUCAGUCCAGUUACUGGGCGUGUUUGUUUGGUUUGGUGUGGAGCCUCCUCACACCACCAUUGACUAUGAGGAGCAGAAGCCUCCAAAUCCUGAGUUUGCUCGUGGAAUCCUGAAGUGUGACAUGUCUGACCUGUCACUCAUACUGUGUCUGAGCUACAGCAUUUUGCUGAUGAUCACCUGCACAGUGUAUGCCAUAAAAAGCAGAGGCGUUCCCGAGACAUUCAACGAGGCCAAGCCCAUCGGCUUCACCAUGUACACCACUUGCAUCAUCUGGCUGGCCUUUGUGCCCAUCUUCUUUGGAACAGCACAGUCAACAGAGAAGAUGUUUAUCCAGACCACCACCCUGACAGUCUCCAUGAGCCUGAGCGCCACCGUAUCCUUGGGCAUGCUCUACAUCCCCAAGGUCUACGUCAUCAUCUUUCACCCGGAACAGAAUGUCCAGAAGAGGAAACGCAGCUUCAAAGCUGUGGUGCAGGCGGCCACCGUGUCCACACGCCUGUCCCAGAAGUCCAGCGACAAGCAGAACGGAGAGUCCAAGGGGGAGCCCAGCAGGUCCCAGUGACAUGAUGAAAGGAACCCCACGGUCCUGCUACCUUAGAUUAGAACUGGAACCAAAACACACACACACGCACGGACUGCAAGAACACUGAGUCAUCGAAGAUGGACCUAUAAAAUUUACCGUUGUCUUUUCUAACGUCCACUCUCCCUGGGAAACGGUUUGUUUCUUGUUUUUUUAGCUGAGCCCAGCAGGAAGCAGUACAGUCCUGUGAAACUAUGUUCACCCCUAAAAGAUCUCAUCUGUGUUUCCUCUUGUCUCACUCUCAGCCAGAGUAUGAAACCUGGUCCUGUGUGAUUAAAUGUAUUAACGGCGUUUAACCAGAUUAUUUGGAAAGUGGUGUUCAGGCUCACUAACCACACUCAGAUCUGAUUACUUCAGUAGAACCUGACAACACGAUGACUGCAAGAUCUCAAAGAGCAGCUCGCCCUGCCCAAUCUAAAGAUCUAUGUUCUAGAGGUCUAUGUCCACGACUGAGGAGGGAAAGUGGUUGGCCACUGAUUGGAAGGUAUGCAGUUCAGUCCCAGGCCCGGCGGACCAUAGGUUGAAGUAUCUUUGGGCAAGGUGCAGAACCCUGAAGCUGUUCCCUGGGGAGGGGUCAGAUGCAGACAAAUCCUUUACCUAAGGGGAUCUAUAAAAGUAUGAAUAUUUAUCGUUAAAAUAAAACAAAACAUGGCUUCUAUGGGAGAGUUUAGAGACCAAAACAACAACUCGUCUAACAUAUAUCCCCAAAAAAGUCUUAAUGAUCCAAAGGACUUCUGGGUAAAUAAUCAGGAUUUAUGAUACAACAGCAGAACGUUCUGGAAGGUGAGUGUCCCGUUCCAUUUGGAGUCAAACGACAGCUUCAGGUCCACCCGCUGUAACCGAUAGAACCGUGAAUCCCGCUCUCUAGCAGAACAUCUGACCUUUGACCCUAAAGAGGCCGUUCAUGUUGAUGUGGCUGAAUUGAGACAAAAGGUGACUCCAGCUGUUGUUACAGCCGGGUUUUAGGUGUCAGCAGCUUUUAGCACAGAACCAGGUUGGUUUGGAAAUGCUUUUCUCUCAACUAUCAUUUAUGAACAUUUGGUUUGAACUCAGCUCAUCCUUGAGGCAGAAAUCUAGUUGCUGCCCCCAAAAGGCGUGAAAACCAAAAGCAGCAGACGUCUGUUGGGAGGGAACUACUGCAUCCAGCUCUGUAGGUGUCGGGGCAGACACACGGCUGAACCCUGGCUCCACAGGCACUGCAUGGAUUGUUAUUUGCACACAGGAAUUAUUCCAAAGUGUUUAUUUAAUGUUUUUUUCUUCUCUUCACACAGGAAUGAGAUAGAUUUACAUCCAUGGGAGGGUGUGACCCGUCUCAAAGCUUUAACGACUCUCGUACCGUUAGCUGUUGUUAUGAUACUAGCUGGUUCUUCAUCGUGGCACAAACAGGAUACUAGUGAUUGUGAACAGGAUGUUUAUCCUCUACCUGGCACUUCUACUUUGCUAUCAUGGAAAACAAUGCUUGGAAUUUCCCCAUAUUGUUUAAAUCUGCAGCGUUCUGUGGAAAGGUCAUCCAUGGGAAUCUGAUGGGUUGUGCCAUGAGAAGUCCUCCAUCAGAACUGUUUCAUGUAACAUUAAAAUAAGUGACAAGCUCACUAGUGUACAGCUCA